AUGGACCGCCCCUCGCCAGCCAGGAUCCAGGCCUGCCAGCCGUCCCCGUCCAGCUUCCCGCCGCCCAUGAUGCCAUCCCAUCACCAACAGCAGCCAAUCCAGCCCAGCGGACCCGUCCUCUCACACUCGCAGCAGCCACCCCAGCCGCCCCAGCCGCCCAUGAUGUCCGGCGCUGGCGGCAGCGCCUAUGCCAGCUCGCCUCCUCCUCCUGGCUCGCUCCAGCAGCAUCAGCAGCAUAGGCUCGAGGAGAUCCACGUCACGGGGCCUGUGCUGACCCAAUCGCCGACCCAGAUGGUGCCGCGGGACCGAGACCUCAAGGCCGCGCGGUCGACAGCCGAGUUCGCGGUACGCGAGUACAUAACGCUGCAGCGGCGGCGGUACGGCGCGAGCACGGCCAGCGUUGGCGGGAGCGACCCGGCGCUCGAGGACCGCAUACGGCGGCAAGCGGGAAUGGCGGGGGCAAGCCUGCGGGCUGUGCGGGAGAGGGUCGUAGGUCUGGCGAGGGAGGCCGAGGCGCACCGGUGGAGGAAGUGGAUGCUUGGUGGCAUUCUGUGA